UUUGGAAAGCUCGGGCUGACAUACGUGAGAGCAAGGCAGGGACAAGGAAGCAUCGCGCAAUGUACUGUCACUAGUGUGUAGCGGGCUUAUUUUGACAAUUGGAACGCUGCGGCCACAGGAAGCAUUCCGAUGGUGUGAUUGUCUAAUUCAGUUAAGGUAUUUCACAUACCUUCCACUGACAUAACAUAGACAAUAAUCACAUCGUCGUUGAUAUUUGGAUACGGUACCGAGCAACAAGUGGAAUCUGGCGUGGAGAGUAGGCAACGGUCCUGCCGAAAUCUUUUUAUUCUAGCAAUGGAAGAGCAAAAGGAUCAAAACAGUCGUGAUUCGACCGAGGGUGAGAGUGUUUCUCUCUCGCCAAAUCUACCGUCUCCACCGAUUUUGCCUCACCAGGCUGCGCAGCAAGUACACAGAACCACAAACUUUUUUAUUGACAAUAUCCUGCGGCCGGACUUCGGCUGCAAGAAGGAGCUUGGAAACCGUGAGCGGGCGCAGACUUCGGGCAGAGAGAACGUCAACCCGUUGGUCAUAAGGCCAUCGCACGCCAGCAGCCUCUGUCAGGAUUCGAACUGCAGUAGCGACAGUACUUCUUCUUCAUCGUCCUCUUCAUCUUCGUCGCCGACUUCGAAGCAGACGUCGUCAUCAAAGUCAGUCGAGGCCAAUGGAACUAGUACGCAGAGAUUCGGAGAAAACCCAACGUCAGUGAAUGCGAGUAAUGGAGGCGCCGCGGCCACCAAAGAAAGCCAGCCAUUGCUGUGGCCUGCAUGGGUGUAUUGUACACGAUAUUCAGACAGACCGUCAUCUGUUUCUACACUAGGCCCAAGGACGCGAAAAUUGAAAAAGAAGAAAAACGAGAAGGAAGACAAGCGACCCAGAACCGCCUUUACUGCCGAACAGCUGCAGAGACUUAAAGCCGAGUUUCAGGCUAAUCGCUAUAUAACUGAGCAACGGAGACAGUCACUGGCCCAAGAACUGAAUCUCAAUGAGUCGCAAAUCAAAAUCUGGUUCCAAAACAAGAGGGCGAAAAUAAAAAAGGCCACCGGCUACAAGAACGGCCUAGCCCUCCAACUGAUGGCGCAGGGACUGUACAACCAUUCCACGACCACGGUCCAAGAGGACAAGGAUGAUAGCGAGUAAUAAGGCCUCUUUUGUGUACGCUAGACCCACAAGAUUGGAUUUUUAAAUGAAGAAUUGAGGAAACAUGCAAACGGAGUCGGACAAAUGCUAUUUAAAGAAAAAAAAAAAAAAAAAAAAAAGAUUUGUCUAUCGUACAAUAUAUGGACAAAAGUAUAUAAAAUACGAACAUUACUAAGAUUUAUAUAUAACCAACCAAUAUGAUGUUGUAUAUAUUUAAUUUCAGGUAAGGGUCUCGAUCCCUUCUUGCUGGAGAUUUUUAUCUUUUUGUUUGUUUUCCCCUUCCCCUUGUUGUUGCUCAUUGUUUCAGUAAAUGUCUUCCUCACUAGACUUUUUUUUGUGAUAGCCUAUCUUUCCUACCCAAGUCCCCACCCAAUCUCACAGUUCCACAGAUUGCGUAAUCUGAAACGCUUCAAGCCAAAGAUUUUAAUAUGUUCAGAGAAAAUGUAGUCUGAAAUAAAAUGUAGAAUGUG